AUGUCGAGUACUGAAGGCCAAACUAUUACAUGCAAAGCAGCUAUUGCAUGGGAAGCUAACAAGCCACUUAGUGUAGAGGAUGUACACGUAGCACCACCGCGAGAAGGUGAAGUGCGUGUGCGUGUGACAUUCACUGGCCUUUGCCACACGGAUGUAUACACGUUGUCCGGAGGUGAUCCAGAGGGAGCAUUUCCUGCGAUCCUCGGACACGAGGGUGCCGGUAUUGUUGAGUCGACAGGAGCUGGUGUCACAGAUGUGAAGGCAGGCGACAACGUCAUUCUUCUAUACACGGCCGAGUGCCGUAAGUGCAAGUUCUGCACGUCGGGCAAGACCAACUUGUGUCAAGCUGUACGUGCGACGCAAGGCCGUGGCGUGAUGCCUGAUGGUACAAAGCGCUUCACGUCUGCACGCACCGGCGAGGAGCUCUUCCAUUUUAUGGGCACGUCAACCUUUAGUCAGUACACAGUGGUGUCACAGUACUCGCUUGUGGCCGUGGAUCCCAAGGCACCCAUGGACCGUACGUGCUUGCUGGGCUGUGGCAUUACAACCGGCUAUGGCGCAGCUGUGUACACAGCGAAGGUCGAGCCGCAGUCCUCGGUCGCCGUGUGGGGUGUCGGUUGUGUGGGCCUUGCAGUGAUUUAUGGUGCCAAAGAGCGUGGUGCGAAGCGGAUCAUUGCGAUCGACACAAAUCCAGGCAAAGCUUCAUGGGCGAAAAAGUUUGGCGCUACCGAAUUCGUCAACCCGAAGGAUGUGCCACCGGUCGAAGGUGGUGGCGACGCUUUGGUUCAGCAUCUCGUGAACAUCACGGAUGGCGGCUUGGACUACACGUUUGACUGUACAGGAAACGUACAUGUUAUGCGUACGGCUCUGGAGGCUUGUCACAAAGGUUGGGGUAUCUCGACGGUCAUCGGCGUUGCAAAGGCAGGCGAGGAAAUCUCUACUCGCCCAUUCCAGCUCGUCACAGGUCGCAAGUGGCAAGGUUCAGCUUUCGGUGGUGUGAAAGGCCGCACACAGCUGCCUGGCCUUGUUGACCGAUACAUGCAUGGCGAUUUCAUGGUCGAUGAGUACGUCACGCACCGCGAGACUUUGAGCAACAUCAAUGAAGGCUUGCACCACAUGCACGAAGGUGGCUGCAUUCGUUGUGUCGUGGAUCUUGCAUAG